AGUUUGUUACCAGCGUACAUCAUCCUAUGAGCUCGAGCAAGCUUUUGGUGGUGAAGUCCCAUAGUUAAAUAUGUUUCACUUUCCUAUUUAUUUGCAGGUCUUAACUAAAAUAUGUGAAAUAAAAUUUAGAAGUGACAAGUAUAGGGCUGUUAGCAUCUUUCUUUUUCUGAACCAUGAAUCACUAAUGGUUUUAACAAAAUGCAAUGAACAUUGGAAACAUUGGCUUUAAGAGAUCACUAUUUGAAUUUUAGUAGAAAAUGACAUGCUUUAUGUCCUUGCCAAAUGUUUUUUGGGCUCUUUCAGGAAAAAGAUGAUCUUGAGACCCAGUUUCGUGAAGUUAACGAGAAAGCUGACCGCGCAUCAUCACAGCUGUCAGCAUUGCAGCAAGAACUGGAGCGUACACGUCAGAAUGCUAAUGAAGCUCUGAAAGCAAUGGAUGUAGAAAGGCAACAAUUACGAAGUGCAAACAAUAAACUUCGGGACAACAUUGAAGAGCUGCGUCGUUCCUUGGUACCCAAAGAAAAUGCUUUGGAGACACUACAGCAGUCACUUUUAGAAAAAGAUCAGGUAUAUUUUGUGAUUUUUUUUGACUGAAUUUUCAUUAGUUUU